AUCGCGUACUAGCGUUGACAUCGGACGCGCCUGCACCGUACGCAGAAAUUAUUAUUUAUAAUUUCGGCCGAGCGCGGCGUCAGCCGUCGCCGCAUAUUUUUUGCACACCAUGCGUUCGGAAGAACUUGUGGCGAACGAGGUCCUGGCGUUCCUGCAGUACCAGCUGGACGUCAUGGAUGAGGUCAGUGUGACCCAGAUCUGCACCUCAAACUUCACUGAGGCGGAGAUACGCAGCGCCAAGACGCUGCUGUACGAGACGCUGCUUAUGGCAGAUCGAAUGCCGUCCCGCAGGAGGGACGAAAAGGGAGAGAGGAGUCUCCAAGACAUGAUUAAAGUGCUGAAGGAGACCGACCCAGACGACGUACCAACUUUCGUGGCAAAGGAUUUGCGCAAGCUGCCCCCGGUCACGUUUGACCACGUCGACGUCACCAGGCUCCUAAAGGACAUCACUAGCAUGAGGUCUAGCCUGGUCGAGCUGCAGUUGAAGCUGGAAGCAUCGCAAUCUACCAUUAGUGAUCUACGCAGUGAAGUAACAGAAUUACGAAACACUGUAAGUAGGUCACUCGCGCCUGCCAACAGCGACAACACACGCCACGGACAGGCCAACGCAUCGCCGAGCGCCGCGUCAGCAAUAGUGCACUCGUCGCCGGUCGCCGUCACUGCAAGCGAUGCUAAACUGUGCCCCGCCCCCUCCGCGUCUCCUGUCGUCGGGACGCCGAUGAAUGUAAGUACGUCGAAGCCUAGACGUGUUUACUCGGCUGCCGUAAAGCAAAUUCCCGUUCAACGGCAACCUAAGGCUAUUGUGGGAACUCAGAGUUACCCUGAAGUAACCCAAGGAACGGUUCAUCCUGAACCAACCAAAGGGAAGGCUGAUGCAGAUGGUUUCAUAAGGGUGGAGAGGAAGAAGAAGAAGCCAUCAAGUCGGAAUCAAUGCGGAACUGCAUUGACGGGUCCAAACAUGCUGCUGCGCCCCGCUAUUCCUACGACGCAGUUGUAUGUUUCGCGAUUACAUCACUCCACGAAGGUCGAGGAGAUCGUGGAGUAUAUUCGAGUGAAGACCAACUGGACUUUGAGAGUCGAGAAGUUAGAGUCGAGUCAUAACACGAACUUUAAAUCGUUUGUGGUACGUGUGCCGACUCAGCAUCUCGACUUGUUUCAAGAACAGUUCUGGCCGAAGGGUGUCGUGUUCCGGCGAUUCCGCGGGAGGUUACGCGACACCACGAAGUGUAACACGAGACCGCUUACUCGUGUCAAUACGUAGCUUGUAGUUGUUUUUAUUUUUGUAUGUAUUAGUUUAUAAGUAUUGAUAUGUCAUUUAUUUAUGUAUUGUAUUUGCUAUGGGCCCUAGUUGCCUGAAAUAAAGGAACA